UUGAUUUUGUUGAAAUAGAAAAAAAACAGCAUUUAUUUCUGAUUUCAUGUACCAAUCACUCUAAUUGUCAUACUUUUCGGUAUCCUGAAGCAAAGAUGUUUGCUGUCUACCUCGUCCUGCUGCUGCUCCCUCACAUCUCAGCUCAGACUUUUCACUGGGGUCCCUGUCCAAAUCCACAGGUGCAGCCCAACUUCAACCUCCACCAGUACCUGGGAAGGUGGUAUGAGAUAGCCAAGCUGCCCUCCACCUACCAGAGAGGGAAGUGUAUUGAAAUAAACUACGCUCUGAGGAGAGACGGAACCRUCCGGGUGCUUUACUCUAGGCUCCGUAAAGACAAAUUGAAGGUAGCAGAAGGGACUGCUGUGAUUCCUGACACGAGAGAAUCAGCCAAACUUGGACUCAGCUACUCAUAUUUUACUCCCUACAGCUCACACUGGGUUCUGACCACCGACUACACCAGUCUGGCCGUUGUGUACUCCUGCACAGACGUCCUCCACCUGUUUCACGUCGACUAUGCCUGGAUUCUGUCACGGUCGCGCUUCCUGCCCCCAGAGACGGUUCUUUACGCCCAAGAGCUGCUGGUCAGAGAAGGAAUCGACAUUUUCAGGAUGAAGGCGACCGAUCAGAAUUGCAAAGACGUCUAAGAACCAAAAAGACUCUUGGUCCUGACGUCAUGUUUAUCUGCUGAGGAAUAGUUCAAUAAAUAUUCAUCACACUUUUGUUCAAAUUACUUAGGGGGAAAAAGAAUUAAAGUUUUUUUUUAUAUUUUGCACUAAUAUAACAAUUUGAGCAUUUAUUAAAGAUGUUACCUCUGAUUAGCAGAACAUUACCACUAAAUCAAAUUCUUAUUGCAACAUGAGACUUUUAGAAGAGGCCGAAAGGUAUAAUAGAUUGAAUAAGAGUUUAAUCAGCCAUAUUAAACAAUAGAAUUUAUGGUCAGAGAAUGAAAUGAAGUGUUUUAAAACAUGAGUAAAAAAAUGACCGCAAAAGUGUGAAAGUCCUGCAUGUUUUAACAUCAUUUAUUUGCUUUUUAUUUCAUUUAAACUUAUAAAAAACUAAGACCAAUUACUUUUAACUGAACCAUAAGGACAAAUAAAUCAAUCCAGCAUCCCUUGAAGGAAUGCUAAAUGUUCUCAAUAUCGGUAAAAACUCUCUGAAUUAGAGCCAUUUUCGUGCAUUUUCUUACGUCAGCUGACCGGUGGCCAUCUUGAAACUGAAAUUCAAAGAGGGUUUUUUUUCUUAUUCCAAAAUGUUUACGCUUUUGCAAAGCAUGUUUAAUGAGCUUAAAGGCAUAAAAGGAGCAACAAGUGAUAAAUAGUUCCAGGACAAUGCAAGACUUGAAUAAAGACGUUUUAUUUCCAGUGUUUGUUGGGAUGGGGGGCUGGUAUUGAAACUUGUUCUGCUGUAAACAGGUGAGAUUUUUACUCUUCAGUAAAACAUUUGCUUCAUUCACUUCUAAACGYUUGGUAUUUAUUGUUCUCCGUCCAUAUUGAACUGCCUGUUUAACUUUAUUUACUUGAAGAAAAAACAGGAGAAGUAAAGAAAUUAAUUUAAUCUAAAUACAAAACAAGAAGUUGCUAUGGGUUUGAGUAAAAACAGGACAUGAAUCAGGAAUGAUAGCGACUUUUUUGUUGGAACAAUCCUUCUGUUCUUGACAAAUGUCUAUUACAAACAGGUUUUUCUUAAAGAAAAUAAAAAAGGCACUUCUCUUUAUAGGAUAAAAACAAUGUGCACAUGUAAAAACAUCGCAUUUGCACUAUAACUUGACAAAGUUUGGAAAUAAAACCUACUGUACCAGGCAUUACAUACUAUAGAAUCAGCAUUUCAUUACUGUUUUUCUGUUUGUUUUUUC